GGUCGGUCGGCAACUCGCAGGUCACAUGGCCUGCCAGAGCUAGGGGACCUCGCGCAGGAGCUGCGCCGUGGGAGGAGGUGAGGCUUCCCCGCGCACCCAAACCCGGCUGAAACGGGCCUCAGGGACCGGCUAUGGAUCCUCCAUAGAAGAUGAUCAAGACAGCCUAGGCGACACCAGCAGACGCCUUCUGCGUGCGCAGGAAACCGAGAUGACCGCCCUCACUGGGUAGGUUUCCGCCGCGCAAUAUCUGUCCAGCUUUUUUGGCAUCGUGACUAGAGCGCCCACCCCAGAGAUGUCCUCAGAGCUAGGAGACAAGGAUUAGGGUUGCCGUGGCUGGCACACGGAAAGCAGCUGAAGGGGCUGGCGCAGUCUUGGGAGGCACUGCGUCCCCAGCGGUGCGCUCUGGGCCGGCAGGCUUCGCUGCUGCUCCGCUUGUGGCGCUGGCUGCUUCCUGCCGGACGACUGCGGGGACCCCAGAAAGGCGUUCCCCGUGCGGCCAGGGCUGGCAUCCGCGCAGGGGUGAUUGAAUGUCGCAGCGAAGGCGCCUCCCUAUCACUCGCCCGCUUGAGUGGCGCGGCGAGGCCGACAGAAAGGCGCGAGCCGGGUGUGUGCCAGUCCAGGUUUGACUUGCACUGAUUUUGGCCUGUGAUCCAGGAUGAUUUGUUCUUGGGACCAGACCUGACCAGAAGUUGACCUCAUGAGCACUUCAACCUCUCCAGCUGCCAUGCUCCUCCGGAGGCUGAGGCGGCUCUCCUGGGGCAGCACUGCUGUCCAGCUCUUCAUCUUAACGGUGGUGACUUUUGGCUUGCUGGCCCCCCUGGCCUGUCACCGGCUCCUGCACUCCUACUUCUACCUGCGCCACUGGCAUCUGAACCAAAUGAGCCAAGAGUUCCUGCAGCAAAGCUUGAAAGAGGGUGAAGCUGCCCUCCACUACUUUGAGGAGCUGCCCUCUGCCAAUGGCUCAGUGCCCAUUGUCUGGCAGGCCACGCCCCGCCCCUGGCUGGUCAUCACCAUCAUCACUGUGGACAGGCAACCUGGCUUCCACUACGUCCUGCAGGUGGUGUCUCAGUUCCACCGGCUACUUCAGCAGUGCGGCCCCCAGUGCGAGGGGCACCAGCUCUUCCUGUGCAACGUGGAGCGGAGCGUGAGCCACUUCGAUGCCAAGCUGCUGUCCAAGUACGUCCCUGUGGCCAACCGCUAUGAGGGCACUGAGGAUGACUACGGUGACGACCCUUCGACCAACUCAUUUGAGAAAGAGAAGCAGGACUAUGUCUAUUGCCUGGAAUCCUCCCUGCAGACCUACAACCCAGACUACGUCCUGAUGGUGGAAGACGACGCCGUCCCAGAAGAGCAGAUCUUCCCAGUCUUGGAGCAUCUUCUGCGGGCUCGGUUCUCGGAGCCACACCUCAGAGAUGCCCUUUAUCUAAAGCUCUAUCACCCCGAGAGGCUCCAACACUACAUCAACCCGGAGCCCAUGCGGAUCCUGGAGUGGGUCGGUGUCGGCAUGCUGCUGGGGCCCUUACUAACCUGGGUAUACAUGCGUUUUGCCAGCCGGCCGGGGUUUAGCUGGCCCGUCAUGCUCUUCUUCUCCCUGUAUAGCAUGGGUCUGGUUGAGCUGGUGGGCCGGCACUAUUUCCUGGAGCUGCGGCGGCUGAGUCCUUCCCUGUACAGCGUGGUCCCUGCUUCGCAGUGUUGCACCCCGGCCAUGCUCUUCCCUGCCCCCGCGGCCCGCCGGACCCUCACCUACCUGUCUCAGGUGUACUGUCACAAGGGCUUCGGCAAGGACAUGGCACUGUACUCACUGUUGAGGGCCAAAGGGGAGCGGGCCUAUGUGGUGGAGCCCAACCUCGUGAAACACAUCGGGCUCUUCUCCAGCCUCCGGUACAACUUUCACCCCAGUCUGCUCUAGCCUGCCAAGAAGUGCCUUUCUGAAAUUGGCCACUUCUUGGAGAUUCAACUAUUGCGCUCUUUAUUUGGACACGGUUGCUUGCAGAAAUUUCAUUGUUUAAGGUUGCUAGGGAUAUAGGCACUGGAAUGGCUGAGGAACAUACAAGUCAAGAAUUGCGGCUUUGGUAACUCACUGGCAGGAGCAAACUGUUCACUGGGGGUCCAGACCUCUCUCCCUCCACACAGCCACACUGCCUCAUGCAGUCCAACCCACCCAAUGAGGGAAAUUUAAAUACCAGUUAUAUUCUCCAAUUAUUUUUCGCUCUGCUUCUGUGAUAGAGCUUGUGACUGCCAAAAAUUUUGUGCACAGUGAUAUGACUGGUUUAGGAUUUUAAGGGAGAAUUUGGCGAAAGGUGAGAUUCUUUUGCAGUGACUUCUUUCUCACUGGGAAUGAGAAUGGAUGUAUGUUUAGAAUAUAUGUCUCAAGAGGCAGGACCAUGUUGAUAGAUUGUAUUUGUUUCCUUGACCUGGUGUAAUAAAAGCCGUGUAGGGCCUGGAAUCUUGGAGGCAGGUGACCUGGCUUCUGUUACCUGGCGUUUUCUUUUCCACACAUCUGUGGUGCACUAAUAAUCAGUUUUGUUAGUGAGAACUUUAAGGCACAGCAAGAUCUGGAAGCACCUUCUAGAUCAUCAAUCAGAUUGCUUGUGUGUUUAGUGGUGAUUUAAUAUUGAAGACUUCUAUCAUAUUCUGAUUCUUUGAAAAUUGGACAUUGGAGAAUGAUAUAGAAUGAAUGAGCUCUUUACUAAUAGCAUAUCCUUUUCCCUAACUUUGCUGGCUAACCAUUCACCCUCAUUUCUUUUUUAGUCUAUGUAGCAUGAUGUUAUAAAGAAAUAGCAUGGACUGUGAAGUCAGAAGACCUGAAUUUUUAUUUCAGAUCUCUGUCGUGUCCUAGUGAUGUGAACUUGGGCAAGUCACAAGCACUCUGAGUCUCAGUUUUUUCACCUGUAAAAUGAGGACAGUGAUAUCUACCUUUUAAAGUUUCCUUGAGGAUUUAUUUUAGUAGUUUAUUUAAAAAAUUUUUUAUUGAAGUAUAUAGUUGGUUUACAAUGUUGUGUUAAUUUCUGGUGUAUGGCAUAGUGAUUCAGUUAUACAUAUAUAUAUACAUGUAUAUUCCUUUUCAUAUUCUUUUUCAUUUUAGGCUAUUACAAGGUAUUGAAUAUAAUUCCCUGUGCUAUACAGUGGGACCUUGCUGUUUAUUGCCUUGGGGAUGAAGUGACAGAAUAUAUGUAAAACACCUAGCUUAGCUCAUAGAGGGCACUUGGAAAAUAUUAGUUCCUUCUUUCCUGUAAUAAGCAUAUAAAAUGCAAGUGUAUUUUGGAUAAAAAUAGUGAUAUUAUUUAAAGGGCGUAGGGCUGACACCUACAGAGCAGCUGUUCCAGAGCAAACACUGCUAGAAGAAAGGCUACUUUUCACUGUGACUUCAGAAGGAUAAGCAGUGCAGUUUCAGGUAGCCCCACCUCCAACCAAGCCCCAGAUAAGAAUUGUUCAUUCAAACUGGAAAUGACUUGAGACUCUUCUUGAGCUUAUUCCAAGACUAGUGUCUGAAAAUUACUCUUCUCAAAAGUUACAAAUAAAUGUCAUUUGAUAAUACUUAUCAAAUUAGUGGCCAACAAGUCCCUUUAUCAGGAUGGAUGAUUAGAGUUGAAGCAGUUGUCCGCUUCGUUUCAGUGCCACGUCUUCCAUUUGUUUUUAAGCUUCCACAGUGAGCUUCCAUCUUGGGAUCUGCUCGAAAACACUGAGGGAAUCUACAGGAGUUCACCACUCUAUAUAGAUGAAAAAACUGAGGUCCAGAGAUGUUAAAGGAUUUCACAGGUUCAUACCGCUGAAAAGCGGCAGAGAGGGCUGGAACGUAGCUCUUUUCUGACUUCCAGCCCUAGCACUUUUUUCCUAACCAUAUUCAUUUUAUAAAUAUCUAUGUAGUCAAAUUCUCUUUUGUGAAAUCUGAUUGUCACCUGGACUAAAUAAUGUCUCUGUAAGCUAAGAUGGUAAAAACUCACUAUCAUGUUGGUCUUGGGGAACAAACAGGUGUCAGUGUGUGUUGUGUUGUUAUAGUGAGCUGUUAUGUGUGCUCCCAGGAAUGUCCAAACUGAUCAGAGCUACUAGAUGACAUUGAGAUGUUCAGAUACCACCUCUUCAUUCCUCCUCUCCCAGUAAUUGGUCCAGCCCCAUGUUUGAGAAUGGAAACACCCCCAACCUAGAGCUUACUAGAGUUUGUUGCGUUAAUGAUUGGAUCUCCUUGUGAAAAUGUGUCUAAUGAUAGGACAUCUAAGCUAGCCUAGCCCCAAAUUGGAAUCAUUGUUGGUUUCCAGUUCUGCUCUUUCUAAUUCAGUUGUCUGCUGCACGUAGACAUCCUUCCCCUGAUUCCUUCAUUCUGGGUGGCUAAGAUUGUCUUUGCCUUGUCUAAUUUCUCUGCCUACAUACUAAGACAUCUUCCCUCAUUGAUCUUAACUAGAGCCUGCCAUCCUUGGACAUUUUCUGCAGAAGCAGAAAUCCUACCCACUUUCAUCCCUAUCCACUUCUAGUUCUCCCUCCCCUUUGUCCCUCAUUCCUAGAGUCCAAAUUGUGUAUGUUGUCCUGGAUUAGGACAGCUGACAGCUUUACACCAAAGCUGAAGCCUCUCGUUUGAUCCCAAACAAGGGGGCAAGGGGAAAACUAAAGUCCCCUUUUGAUAUUAACGGACAUAGGUUACCAAGAGGGUGAAGGUCUCUAACAGUUCUGCUUACCUUUCAAAAUUUAAAUUAUUUCUCAUUAUUAUUCUUCAGGCCUAAGAAGCUCCCUAUUGUGACUGAGUGUAUUCGCAUAGACAUAUCAGUUCAAAUAAAUGCACCCGUUCCACUGAGGCAUCCUGAGAAGACUUUUGUCCUUCUCCCUUGUUUUAAAUGGAUAGGUUUUUCUGAUGUGGCCAAUAGUAUUGAACCCACACACACUAACACUAUUUUGGAGUCUCGAGGUAGCCAUCCAAAAGUAUGGGAUGUUUGCUUAAAAAUUCAUAACUGAUUUUGUUGUAUUUCUUAAAUGGAAGAACUUUGCAUUCUUUUUUAGAGAAAAAAAAAACGUUGAGACUAUCAUAGAGCAACUGGAGAAUACAAAUGGGAUGAAUAUGAUAGGAUUAAUUUAAUUUACCUUGGAUACAUUCCUCAUUUGGGAGGAUUUAUUUAAUUGGCAAUUUAAUUUGGGUUGAGGCAUUCCAAUUGGAGUUGAUUAUUGUGGGAUUUUAUAUACACUAUAAUGCACUAUGAAUUAUAGUAACAUAUAUAAAAUUGGGUAAUUUUAAGUCACAUGAAUACUUGAAUAAUUUUAUCCCAACUACAAUGAAUUUGCUGAGAACACUCAUUAACUGGCACUGGUUUUUUAGGUUGGAUUUUGUUUGGAAAGCCUUUGGGACUACAUCAAAGGUGAUUGGAAAUUUAAUUUUAAAGUACUUAAUAUAACUGCAAUGGAGAUGUACUGUGGCUUCUAAGUCGUUCCAGUACUUGGAUUGCAACAUUGUUGUGAGUCAUCCAUCACUCUGUGGUGAUUGGGAAGUUUUGGUUUAAAAUUUAACAGAUUUGCUUAAUCUUUUUUCUAACUACCUACACAGAAACACAGAUGAGUGAUUUUUUUUAAAGCAUCUAUAUUAACAAUUGGGGGGUAAAAACAGAUGCAAAUCCAAAGGCAAAUGAUGAAUUUAUCAAAAAAAGAAACAAUAAACGGGUAAGUAUGUGUAAGUAUGCACAAGUACGUAGGAAUGGAGUAACUCAGAGAGACGGAAAAAGAGGACAGAGAUGUAGAGUGAUGUAGAGGGUCUCACAUUUGUCAUAUGUGUGUCCCAAACUCCCUUAUGUAAUAAAUCCUUUAUGUCUUCUCCACUGCCAUGAAGUCUUUAUAUGACCAGCCUAUGGAGAAUACAAAGGAACUAAACAAUGGAUAGUCAGUGUUCUAGAUAAAUAAUUCAUCACUCUGCUAGGACCUGGCUUCCUGUUGCAUUUAGAAUAAAAUCCAAAUCCCUACAUUACCUGCAGGGCAGAUGUGACCUGGCACUGCAAACCUCUCUGACUCAUGUCUUACCAUUCCCACCCUUGUUCUCCAAGCUCUAACCACACCUGAUUUCUUUCACUUCCUUGGACUUGUUACACUGAUUCUCACUGCAGAAUGACUUUGCACUGUCAUUCUGUCUGGAAUGCUUUUCUUUUAACAGAAUCUUUCCUAUAAUUUAGAUCUCAAUUAAAUAUUAAAUCUACCCCCCCCCCAACAGACUUUCCAUCCCAUCUAAAGCAGUAUUUCCCUUUCCCAAUUCCCAGGUCAUCUAUCACAUUACCCAGUUUGAUUUCCUUCAGAUCUCUUGUUAUUCCUUGAAAUUCUUCUAUUUACUAUUUUGUUUUUUCCCCCUCCAUUCUCCCCCCACCCCCACCUAUAGAAUAUAAGCUCUACAAUAUCGGGGGUCUUCUAGGUUUCAUUCAAUCUAUCCCUAGAACCUAGAGCAAUACCUGACACAUAGUAGGAAAUGAGAGAGAGAGAGAGAGAUGGGAGUAAUGGGGGGAAGGAAAGAAGGAAGGAAGGAGGGAGGAAGGGAGGGAGGGAAGGAGGGGAGAAAAAGAGCAGAGGGAUCCACAGUGGAAGUACCUACAACAAAGGAUACUGAAAGAAGAGAAAUGGGACUAGGGAAGAAAAUUAGGAGAGGAGCAAAGAGAGAUCCAGGUAGUGAGGGUUGGUUACAGUGUACAAUUUUUACACCUGUAAAAAGAAAUUUUUAUGUGCAUUCCAGACAAAGGGAAUGGCAAGUGCAAAAAGGAACUUUUUACACCACCACACAGCUACUUUUUCUUUGUUGCUAGGGUUUUGUUUCCAGUGUGUGUGUUGGGGGUUGUGUGUGUGUGUUGGGGGUGGGGGGGGGUCCCCUGUGUGUUAUUCUCAUGGGAGGGCUGGGUUUCCUCCUUCAGGAUUCAACUGCUGCAUCUUCCUGGUGUUGCCAACAGGAGCCAUCUAGACGUGAACACCACCCCUGGUGGCUCCGCAGCUUAUUCAAGGACUUUUAGGCAAGAGGCUGGAAAGAGAAUGAAGGAAAGAUCACCACCUUCUCCCAAUGAACCUUUCUCAAGUUCUGUCAGUAAGUGGAGGGAGGGUUUUAGUCUUACUGUGUAGCUCUGGGUGAUAGGGGUGGCCUUUGGCAAAACGUUAUAUGACUUAGCACAAACCCAGGUUAGAGAAGUAAACCUUUCCAGAGGCUGGGUGGGAGGGACAGGAAACUCUCUUUAAGGAUCAUUUUUCUGGUACAUGACUUGGGCGUCCUUUGUGUUCUGUAGCUUUGUUUAAACGUGAGCGAGUUGAGUCCUCUGCAAAAUUCAUGCCUUGGCAACUUGUUAGACAAUGUACUCCACCCCAGUUUGUUUUUAUCCAGGAAAAAUGUAAACCCUGGCACCACUCUGACCCGGGGACCUUGGUUGCUUGUACAGGUCAGUAGCCCAUACUUUUGAAACACAAAUCAACCAGUGUGUGUAGAUUUCUUUGUAGCAACAUGUUUAGGCAAAUCCUCUUGUCCUUCUCAACCAUAUCCUUUUUCCAGCCCCAGUACAUAUACAUCCAGAAUCCAUAAUGAGCUGGGGUUCAGCAAAAGCAGCUUGGCUUCCCUCUGGCUCCCCCUCCAGUGAGGUUUAUGAUAAAGGAGAGGUAGGAUUAAAUCUUGUUCCUGCAGUGUACAUGUAGAAUACUCUUUUAAACAAGAAAAAGAAAAAGCAACCACAUUUUAAAAGUUAUAAAAAAAAAUGGUAUGUGUCUCAUUCAAAAUUAUAGUUCAUGUAUUUUCUGCAAGGAAUUAUGUCAAGCAAAGUAAAUCUAAAUUUAGCAUUUUAUCCCCAUCUGAAUAAAUGCCUAAGUCAUAUUAGCAAUA